AUGGGUAAAUCUCAAAUAUGUCUGGAAGAGGAGAUUGGAAUAGAGGCUUGGGUAGUGCAACUGGUAAUGCAUCCACAUAGAUGGGAAGGUGGAGAUGAAUGGCUCAGAUCACAGUUCAAAGCAUAUUUAAUGAGUUUAUUAAGAACAUCUGCUUCAGAAGGAAGCAAAGAAUAUGAAACUUUUAAUCCAUCUUUUAUGAAUGCCUGGAAAACCACUCAUAAUUAUAAAAUAUGGAGUAGUAUCAUGCAUCCUGGUAUUUUUGAAGUUAAUCCAGGGCAUCCAUUUCAGGGUCAAAUGAGCAUGGCUGAUAUGAAACUAAGAAUAUUUCAUACAAUGCAAAGCACAGAAAGGGGUCGAAGGCUGAACCGGAUGGUAUCAGGGACAGGAAAAGUGGUAUCACAGACUGGAAGAGCUGUGGGAGGAGCCAUCUCUGGAGCAAGAUCAGCCGUCUCUUCCUGGUGGUCUCAUCUGGGUGGUGCCAGAGUCCCAGACCAAUCUACCAAAGAAGACAUGGAUCUAGAUUCAACAACUGAAUCCCAAUCUUAGAAAACACCCAGCAGAAGAAAACUGACAACAUUCCGCUAUUUAAUAUUAUUAAUCUUAAUUUUGUAUUCUAAGUUAUGUAAUAAAAUGUCGCACUCUGGUUAUAUGCGA